GACAAAAUGUCAGCUCAGAAGAAACAUUCACCAAGGGAGCUAAUACUUCGGUACUUCCAGGAAGAAAGAGAAAAUAAGGGAUAUCAGAUAACCUCAUCGCCUGAGCUUUAUCCACCUAGUGUCAAAAAACAAAAGAGUUCGCAUCUCAACAGGCAUGUCACAUUCAACAAGCAGCGGAUCAAUCAAGAGUCCGCACAGGUUAAGAAAGAUGCCAGGAAAAGCAGUGAGUGCCUAUCAGCAUGUCUGAUCACGAGGUCUCCUUUGGAUUCGCGAUUUAAAGGAGGUGCCAACAACCCAGCCGAGCGAUCAGUGGGAAGAUUGCCACGUACAGACAGUGAAUGCCAGUUUAAUGCACCAGGAAUUGAUUUUCUAACUGAACGGGACACUAAUAUCACAACCCACGAGGUCAAGAUGGAUACUCGGCUCUCGGCUCCUCUGAAAAAAAAAUUAGCUAACAAGUGUGACUUUUUCCCAACAUAUGUGGACAAUCGUCCAUUCGAGGAGCAGGCAACCCAAACGCUCUACAGAGAAUCCUCAGCACAAACUUUGGCAUAUUUACCAAAUAUUGAGGACAAGGAUAUAGACGAGCAUGUAGAGCUUUUCAAACUGCCCUCAGCGCUUCCUGGCGAUAAGCCCCCAGGGCUCUACGAGGUAGAAGUCUUGGAAAGAUCCCGCAGACGGUGGGCCUUCAAUGAAGCACUGACUGUUAACCUAAAGAAGCAAUUGGAUGAGGCCCGUGAGCUGGCAAUGCAAACGAAGUAUAAAUCCAUACUCGAAGCUUUUGAAUGGGAGAGUUGGAUCGAGCGAGAGGAGUACAUACAAGAGUGUCAGAGGAUGCGACUCGAGAUCGUCAUAAAGAUGUUUGACAAGCGCGAGAAGGAGAUGCAUUCAGCAUCCAAGACGCGCAUGGAAAUGGCUUGCGAACGCAUCGAGAAACGUCGUCAAAGGGGUUUGCACAAGAACGAGAUAGAGUAUCAGCGUGGCAAACGCCGUAACGACAUACAGCUCGCAAAGACGUCCCGGAGGUGGAAAAAGCAGAGUCCUAUGUAUGCCUUGGGGUCACCAUGCUCCGANGAGAGUUGGAUCGAGCGAGAGGAGUACAUACAAGAGUGUCAGAGGAUGCGACUCGAGAUCGUCAUAAAGAUGUUUGACAAGCGCGAGAAGGAGAUGCAUUCAGCAUCCAAGACGCGCAUGGAAAUGGCUUGCGAACGCAUCGAGAAACGUGUAAACUUAAACAACAUGACAUGUCCUUUUCGAAGGCUCAAGGAAUGGUCCAAGCCCAAAGAGUACAUUAAGGAAUACGAACAAAACUUCUGCAGUGAUAAAAAUUUGCAAAAGCUCUACGACUCCUUGAAGGCAUUAAGAACACUGUCAUACGAAAACAAACUUCCACCAAAGUGUCUGAAGAAACGUUUCAAGCCCCGCGUGUACUCAGACAGGGUACAUAUGGACUCUGUGUUCUCAGCUGCGCCCAGUAAGCCCUACACUCCUCAAACUCCGAAGAAGGCUAUAGCGCCAUUUGACCUCAAAUAUGAACCCGAUCGAUCGAGCGCAUUUGCCAGGCAUUUACAAGACGACAGGAGGCAAGUAGACUUGGAAUAUCUUUUGCAAACGUACGAGGGCACCCACAUUGGAUGGCUUAUGCAGUUCCUCUCAGAGGAAAUGGCCCGGCUGAAGGAACAGCGAAGGCUUCACUUCUUUACUAAUUUGGUCCAAAAAGAACGAUGGCGCCGCGAAGCGAAUGAGGCAGGCAUGCGGCAAAAGGAGAACGAAAUGAGAAGGAUUUACGAAGAGUUGUUCCAGAAGAGCACCUUCGUCCACAAUCAUGUUAGCGACGAGUAUAUAAAUACCAUUCUUACACAAGAUAUGACCCACAUCGCAGUCAACGAGGCCGCUAUAACGGUGACGGGGCUUGCCAAGGAUAUUGAUGCCGAUAUUGGGCGUUGGCUGGAGAGUUUCAAGCUCAUUCAGACGCCACUAACCUAUGAUCCACUGCGACUGAUGCUUCAAGACAUGGUCUCCCCAGACAUGAAUGCUGCACUCGAUCGUCAUGAGAAGUCGCUAAUCGUUAAUUAUAUCGUGGAGGAUGUGAUAUUUGGCAGAGUGUGGGGAGAGCUGGAGGCAAUCGACAUAGCCGGCACUCUGACCAGCGACUUCAUUGAUCGGCUCAUCGACAACGAUCUCUAUUUGUUCUCCACGGAUAGCGAGAGCGAGACACCUCAGAGAUCAUCCUGGUACGAGGCUCAAGCCAUAAUAAGAAAACUCAUCCGCCAGGCAGUACCCGGACAACGCUGGAAAGCUGAAACCGAACGCAUUGCGCAUGAGAACCAAAACGAUAUGUUUGAUGAUAUGUUUGCUGCAAUCAUGAACAAGAUCGAGAACCCCCCAUUGGUUCAAUCUUGCGAUUUAAUCGAAGUGUGUCCAACACAAUCGCACACUACCCUCAAAAUGACGGAUAAUACUCGAGCUAUGGAAAUUUUGGAGGUCCAGGCCAUGAGAGAUCAAGUCGCUACGGAUAGUUCGGAGGCGCUAAAAAUUACAAUCCUAUCCCUAUUCAAGAAAAUGACAAAGGAUAAUAUAACGAAAAAACUGGAAACCGACGAACCAUAUUGGGAAGAUCACAACAUUAAUUUUGAAGACGAUACAUUGAUCAAGUCGCAGAGCUACGAACCUCAAGGAUCUGAUCAAAAAUUAGAUUCUGAUCUUUGUAGCAUAAUAGAAACUAUUGACAUUUGUAAAGAGAAAAAUCUAAAGGCUCUGAGAGGUACCGGACAUCCUAAAUUGGAAUUCAAAAUAAAGGAAAUCAUCGCCCAAGAAAAAGAGGAUGUUGAGGAAGAAAAGAUGCAGGUGGAAAUGGAGAUGGGGAUGAAGUGUGAGGUAGAUAUGGAGACUGAAUCGGAAAUGGAAAUAACUAUGGAGGGAGAAAUGGAGCUUGAGAUGGAGGAACAGGAAAUACAAAAGGAAAUUGCGAUGGGCAUAGUCGAAGAGACAAAGGUGGAGCGAAAGAUAGAUGAGGAAAUUGUGGAAGAUAUUGAUACGCAGAAUAUCCAAGACCCUAGUGUGACUGAUAACGCCUCUAAGGAAGCUGAAGGAAAUAACUCUGAACUAAUGCCUCCCGAUAUGACAGAAGCCUCAAAGGAUGUGGAUUCAAAUCUGAUUAACAACCUCUUCGAAGAAGUCGAAGAAGCCGAUGAAGAAGAUGAUAGACAGGCAUUGUCUCUGUCUAAGAGUAUGUUAGGAAAGAACAGCUCCGAAAUAAUUGCAUUAGUUGGUUGAAUUAUAUUCUCAUUUUACCACACAGUGACAGUUCGAAUAAAUAUUUAUUUUUAUACCAA